UGGCUGCUGCUGAGAUCAAAAGGAAAGCAGAGUAAACGUGGCAGUUCUGGGAGAGGCAUCUCACGUCCUUGCUGUGGUCUGCAGGUGGAAGCUGCUUACGAGGAGUGGGUAAGAAACCCUUUGGGGACCAGGGCCUAUGAAAUACAGGUGCUGCUGGGGAUUUGGUCCACUGAAGCCUCCAGAAAGGACUUUACAGAAAGGAGAACAGGAUCAAGGAUGACCCAGAACUGACCACUAGCUCUGCCUACACUCAGGUUCCUGAGGUAGUCAUGUUCAGUGGGGAAGAUGAACCAAGGAACUGUGUGGUAUGUGGUGACCGAGCCACGGGCUACCAUUUCCACGCCUUGACUUGUGAAGGCUGCAAGGGUUUCUUCAGACGAACCGUCAACAAACAUCCUGGUCUCACCUGCCCCUUUGCUGGAAGCUGUGAGGUUAGCAGGGCCCAGAGGCGCCAUUGCCCAGCCUGCAGGUUGCACAAGUGUCUCGCUGCUGGCAUGCGAAAAGACAUGAUAAUGUCAGCCGAAGCCCUGGCCUUGCGGAGAGCAAAGCAGGCCCAGCGGCGGGCCCAGCAAACACCUGUGCAGCUGAGUAAGGAGCAGAAAGAACUGGUCCAGAUACUCCUGGGGGCCCAUACCCGCCACAUGGGCACCAUGUUUGAACAAUUUGUGCAUUUCAAGCCUCCAGCGUAUCUAUUCAUCCACCACCAGCCCUCGCCCACCCUGGUCCCUGCACUGCCUUUGCUAACACACUUUGCGGAUAUCAACACUUACAUGGUGCAGCAAAUCAUCAAAUUCACCAAGGAUCUGCCCCUAUUCCGAUCCCUGCUCAUAGAGGACCAGAUCUACCUCCUCAAGGGAGCUGCCGUGGAAAUCUGUCACAUCAUACUCAACACCACUUUCUGUCUCCAAACACAAAACUUCUUCUGUGGACCUCUUCGCUACACAAUGGAAGAUGGAGCCCACUUGGGCUUCCAGGAGGAGUUCUUGGAGUUGCUCUUUCGCUUCCACGGGACGCUGCGACGACUCCAGCUGCAGGAGCCCGAGUAUGUGCUCAUGGCUGCCAUGGCGCUCUUCUCUCCUGCUCUCUAUCUUGCAGACCGACCUGGAAUUACUCAGAGAGAAGAGAUUAAUCAGCUGCAAGAAGAGAUGGCCUUGACUCUGGACAGCUACAUCAAAGGCCAGCAGCCGCAGCCUCGGGAUAGGUUUCUGUACCCGAAGCUGCUGGGACUGUUGGUCGAGCUUCGCAGCAUCAACAAUGCGUACCGGUACCAGAUACAGCACAUCCAGGGACUGUGGGCCUUGAUGCCGCUGCUUCAGGAGAUCUGCAGCUGAGGCCGGGCUCGGUGCCCUCCCCAGCCCCACCUGCACACCCUGGA